AGGCAGUGAGGAGGGGGCAGCCCCUCCUUGGCCAGGCAGGGCUGGGAGGCUACAGGACAGCAUCAGGAGGUGACCCAGGAGGGCCCUAACAACCGACAACCACUGUAUCUUAAGUCUAGGGAUGGAGAUGAAGAUAGAUGUAGGGGGUGGUCAGUGAGAAAAGAAAGCUUGCUAAUGCUCAAAGCUCCCACAGUGGAGCACAGAGGAGAGGCGCCCGGAGGAAGGAAUGUGCCCCUCUAGCACAAAUGUAACCCUUGGCCAGCCCCACUCCUGCUGCCCGCUGCCUGGGGCCUGGCUUCUGGGGGAAGGCGGCAGGUGGACUCUAGGCCUGUCCGUGUCAGCUGCUGGUGCCUGCAGGAAGGGACUUCGCUGACACAGACUCUAGGCUGUGCCUGCAGCGAUGGGAUUCCGUGAGGCUGCACACAGGACCAUUGUUCAGAGCAGAGCUCCCAGCCUUGUGCCUGGAGUCCUACCGACUCUCAUACACACGAGCCCCCAAGGGUACAUUUGCUGGUUCUUAUGUACACAUGGAGGGACCUGUUGUAGGAGAGGCAGCUAAUGAAAGCUCAGUGUGACCCUGCUACUGAGGACCAGGCCACAUUGUCCGGAACUCAGCCUUUGACCCUCUGGGAGAGAAAGGAGUUGGCUUUGCAGACCCUGUGUGACCACUGAGGCGUGGGGGCGUCGUUGUCAUCUUCUUGCCGGCAGCGCCGGACGGGUCAAUGCCAGCCGGAUGAUGACCAGUUGUGGCCAGCGGUCCCGGAACGUGCUCGCAGUAUUCUCCCUGUUGUUUCCUGCAGUCCUGUCCGCACAUUUCCGGGUCUGUGAGCCUUACACGGAUCACAAAGGCCGCUACCACUUUGGCUUCCACUGCCCCCGGCUCUCGGACAACAAAACCUUCGUCCUCUGCUGUCACCAUAACAACACUGUCUUCAAAUACUGCUGCAACGAGACGGAGUUCCAGGCGGUCAUGCAGGCAAACCUCACGGCCGGCCCCGAGGGCUACAUGCACAACAACUACACGGCGCUUCUGGGAGUGUGGAUUUACGGCUUCUUCGUGCUCACGCUGCUGGUCCUGGAUCUGCUCUAUUAUUCCGCCAUGAACUACGAUAUUUGCAAGGUUUACCUCACUCGGUGGGGGAUCCAGGGACGGUGGAUGAAACAGGACCCCCGGCGGUGGGGGAACCCUGCUCGAGCCCCUCGGCCAGGACAGCCGGCCCCACAGCCGCAGCCUCCCCCUGGUACCCUGCCGCAAGCCCCCCAGGCUGUGCACACACUGCGGGGAGACACGCACAGCCCACCCCUGAUGACCUUCCAGAGCUCAUCCGCCUGAAAACCCUUUUGCUGUGCCUCAGGAUGGAGGAGGCUAGACCCAGAGCACCUGGUGCAGCCUCCAAGAGCAGCUUCAACCAAGACACCGGGGAGAGCUGGGGCAGCGGCGUGGUAACGAAAGAGGAAGUACCACCUGUGCCCAGAACCCCCUUCCGUGAACUUCUGAGAUUAGGAGCAAACUCAGGGUCCGGGGACAGGGUGCAGGAAAGGGGCUCUGAGCCACCUGUCUGCAAGCAAUAGUUCUCUCUGGGGCUGGUGGCUUCUGAGAAGAGACUCCGUGUGGAUUGAGGUGACCAACACUAAGCUGCUCUGGCUGAUCCCAGCCAGAGGGAUUUGGGGCCAUGAGUUGUACCAUGGUCCAAAACACUGACGUUUCCCCUGCCUCCAUCCCCUCCAAUAGCGGCCCCCUUAGGCCUAUCCGUGUCGGAAUAUUGAACUUGAGUGUGUGCGCGCACGUGUGUGAUCAGGGUGUUUCUAUAUGUUCAGUCAGUUAGCUUGUCAUUGAGCCCCAUUGCCACUGGCUGCAGGUUCUCCGAUGAGCACAAGUUGCUGUGUGGCUGAGGAGUCUUGCCCGUGUCCUCGUUUGAGGCUCAGGCCUCUUGCUGUGGCCAACAACUGUGAACCAGUGGAGUCGGUAGGCACAGUGCCUAACCUUCCUGUCCAUGCCGCAAGCAGUGGGGGACUGGAGCGUACCAGUGACAGGUGGUUCUGGUGGAAUCUGUUCCCAUGGCAGCUGUAUUGAGGAAGCAUCUUAACUGGCUGUGUGCGGCCUAGGUUGGAUGUGUUGUUGUGUGCACCAUCACAGCCCCUAGGAGGUGGGGGUGCUAAUGUCAUUGGAAAGAGUGCAGCUUGGUGAAGGGUGCCACAUUUAUAUGGCAGGAAGUGAUCAACUCCAUAGUUUGGCCCCAGAGUGACAAGAACCCAAGCCCAAGUUUUGAUUCCCAGGGUGUAACAGGCUCUAUAACCCAGGUCCCCCAGUGUGGUCACUGGAGCAGGUGCCUGACAUUUUCACAGUGAGUGCAGCACCUCCCCAGCUCAGGUCCUCCACUGUCUUUGCCUGAGCUCACUCUGGCCAUGGGCCUGCUGUGCACCAGGCCAGGCAGUGGUAAGGUCCAGAGGUGGGUGGGAGCUGCCACACCUCGAACGGAGGAAACACAGCCACAACGAUGGGUCCUAUGGAAACCCAGAACAGAGGGUUCUAUGAAUCUGUCCACUUACAAUGGGGGUUUCCAAGUAAGCCUGGGUGCCUGUAACAUCUGCCCAAAGAGGUUAUCUCUGCCCCAAAACCCACUGCCUGUGGCACCCAAAAGGAAGGACAUCCCCCAGAAGUGACCCUGUCAAUCUCCAGAGGUCACAUUGGCAAUGUAGACAGGGCCAUCUCACCCCUAUGAAGGAGGCCAAACUGUCCCUCCCUGCCCUCAGCCUGUGACCCAUUCUUCCUGAAGCUGCAUCCUUCCUUGAUCAGUGCUGUCCCCACACGGUUGGUGGUCUUCCCUCCCCACACUGCGGAGAACAAUAGGCAAAGGCAGCAAGGAAGGAAGGGCCAGCGUGGAGGUGUUCAUGAAGACCACAAAGGUCUAUCAUGGAGGCCGAGUGGGGCUUGGGUGGUCAGAGAUGUUUAAGCCGGGGUCUAAACAGGAUCUAGCUAAGAGGAGUGAACCUGGGAAAGUUGCAGCCAAUCUAGAGGUUCCUGCCUGCCAGGUUCCUAAAAGUAAACAAUCCAGGGUGGCCAGGAGCAGCAGAGGUGAAGGGAUGGAUCCACCUGCGGGUCUCUGUGGUUACCGUAGUGAUUCUCUGCAGUCACCAUAAGGGCGUCUACACAGUGUGUCACCACUGACAGUGCUGGGUUCUAGGACAUAAAACUCUUUCCACUCUGGCAGGUUCUUCAUUCUUCAACCCACAUGAGGGAGGGAUGGCCCCAUUUGUAGGCACGGAAGCUGUCACUCUGACGGCUCUAGAGGCCUAUUGAGCCUGCUGGCCUCUGUCUCUGCACCCAGUCCAUUUCUCUCAGACACACUGCUGGGUUCUGCACACACCCAGGAGAGCCUCUGCAUCCAUCUUGAUUAAAGAUGGGUGUGGAUCCUCUCCCACAUCCUAGGGUGUGGGGCAGCCAUUGCCCUGGAGGGUUCUUAGCAGUGGACUGGCUGCAUCAGGUCACACUUAACGCCUCAAGAGAGAGCUUCUGUAGGGAAGAGGAUUCGGGGGCUAUUAAGAUAGAGAUUCUGAUAGCACCUGAGCAAAGUGAUCACAGGCCCUCCUGCCUCAGUUUCCCCAGUACUGAGAGGAAGGAGCCCAACCAGAUGUUGAGGAGACUUCUGGUUUGGGGUGGCUCUGGGUAACACUCUCGAAGCUGCUUGCACAGGGCUCAGAGCUACUUCCUCUGUGAAGCCUCCUUCCUCAGACACAGGAAGGGUCAUGGCCAUGCAGACAGCAGGAUACUGGGUGUGUGUGUGGGGGGGUGGAGGUCCCCAUCAGAGGCCUCUUAGGGGAUAAUAGCUGAAGGUCCCCAUGAAGUUUCUGCCUGGGAUCUGCUGGGAUGCAUCUCUCAUGUGUGUGUCUGAGGCUAAGAAUCUAGACACUGUCCAGGACACAGGAGUACCCCCAUCCCCAGAGGACAACAUAGCCUUUGACUUAGCAGGCCCUGGGGACCCUGCUCCCUCCCAGCUGGGUUGACCCUGGCUCCCCCACCACCCAUCCUCUCUGAUUCUCCUCUCUUCAGUUGGCAAACAGGGGUUAGAGGUCAAGGUUUUACCCAAUGCUGCCUCCGGAGAUAUUACUGGAGGCAAGAGCUGUGUCCAUGUGGGUAUGAGCGCCCGGGUGGGUUGCAGGACCCCAGGUGGCCAUGAUGAAAAUCUGUCCCUUGCCCAUGGUAUCUAUGGGUAACAGAUAUGCCAAUGAGUAGCAUGUCCUAAAAGGAUACAGAGUAGAGACAAGGUCCCGAACAGUUGUUGAGCUGUGUUGCUGCUAAACUUCCCCACUGCUGUCUCCUCCAGCUGCGUCUGUCCUCUUCUUCCCAUGAGCCUCAGGCUACAGACAGUACAUGCUGGCAGCAACAAGUAGCCACAGGAAGCAGAGAAGCUGCAGACAUGGUGUGCCCAUGGAGGGGCAUGGAAUGUCUUCCUGUCUGCCUGGCUUUUUCCCAGUGGGAACUCUAUGUCCCUCGUGAUCAGUGUUACGCCCUGUCAUCUGUGAGCUCUGGAACCUCCAUUCAGAACUCCUCCCUGGUUGGCUGUACUCACCAAGGAAAUGGCUUGCUCAUCCCGUGUGGGAGUGGCCAAGCAUCUGACGGUGACUGUGACCAUGCGCAACAGGCCUUAAUCCAAAUAGAAGCGAGUGCAUGUGCACACACACACACACACACACACACACACACACAAACGUGUACACCCAGGAAACACACAUGUAUACACACACAUAUACAUGCACCCACACAUGUGAACAUAACUUAUACUUGUUCAUGUGUGCACGUAUAUACGCACACCUGUGAGUGUAAUUUGCACAUGUUCAGUAAUGAACACUUGUGAACAUACAUAUGUAUACUGAGAACAGAUAUAAGCACUCAAGUAUACAUGCAUACCCACGAAUACUACAUGCUCAUGUUCACACAUGUCCAAAAAUACAUUCACAUGCGUACACACGUACCCUCAUGUGAACACACACAUACAUGAUCUGCAAGAGACAGUGAGAAGAUCCUCGGGCUUCCAGACAUUUCUUAGAGGCUUGUUUUAAUUUUUCCAUCUGGCUGCUCAGUUCCCACUAACAGGAGUUUCUUGGGAGGUAAACAUGAGAGUCCCUAGGGAUUCAGGCACAGGUGACAACCUGUGCAACCUCCUGAGCAUUUCCUGUGUGUGUAAAGGGCGUGGAGCCGGCACACCGUCUGCCAGGGAGCUUUGCUGGGACAGCGGCAGCCUUGGGUGAGUCACACGGCUCACCAUGUGUGUUCCAGUGUCUGCCUGGUCAGACCAGAGGACCGUGAAGAAAUGAUGUCCUGGGGCAAAGGUGGUGUUCUGUACCCUUAGAAAAAUGCAGCUUCAUGCCUACCGUGUGUCAGUACCACCAUGGUUUCCUGCCCCUUCCGCAGCCUCAACAACGUGCCUGUACUUCAUGGCUGUGGUUGGAAUGAUUAACAGCACAGUCCCACCCCCACGCUGCUCAAAUCCUCAUCUGCCCAGCAGACACUUGCUGAGCAGCUCCAGCUGCCCCUGCUGUGUCAUGGGCGCUCACCUGAAGUUACUCCUGUGCAGACACAGGUGUUGUAUCACAAAACAAGCAGCAGUCCCCUGACAGGCCGGUGGUCUACCACUGCUGACCUGACUCUGUGCCUAACAGAAACACUCUCACCCCCCAAAAAAAAAAAAAAAAAAACACAGAACAUUUCUCUGUCCCUCCCACAAAAGUGACCUUGGAGGUGGCGUUGCCUGUCCCACUCCACCCUGUUUCCAGUCCAGACUCCUGCCAGGUAGUUGGUGCUAGAAAUGCUUGAUUUAAACCGUGAGUCAGUCAUUCGGGUGGUUAACACUCCUAUCUUUACAUCAAAGCCCUAACCCGUUUACCCUUGACAAACUAGACCUGCCCUCUAAAACAUACAGAGUCCCCUUGCAGUUAGCAUCAACUGUAAAUUAAGCACGGGGCCAGCAGCUAGAGUCACAGGGCCACCAUGGCCUCCCAUUAAGUUACAGCUAGUUACCUGACUAGUGAGAACUUUUAGGCCUGUGUCUCAGUUUCUCACAUUCAGUCUCUUCCCAUUUCCCCCCACCCCCACUGUCUGUGUUCAAGCGAGGGGGAAAUGUCCCCGUCUGAUGUCCACAGAUGAACAUAUGGGCAAGUUGCAAUAACCAACAAAGCUGCAGGGUCAGAGUCCGGCCACUCUAGAGAGGCAGGAGGCCUUCCUGCAAAGGACUUGUUCCUCCCUGAGUCCGUGGGACAAAGCAGGUAGACAGGAUGGAGCAGGAAGGUAUCUCUAUGCUAGAAAUGCCAGGAUCAUGUUGAAAAGGCAUGGGGCGUCUUCUCUCAGAGCCCACGACCAGGAAAACCCCCCAAAAAAAGGAAACUGGUAUCAAUAUUCUGCCCCUUCCUAAUCCGAUGUAAUAACGGUGUGUGUGACACUGCGCUGUCUUGCUGCGUUUGUCUUUCUAUAGAGUGGUUUUUAUAACGACGUCCUUAGUUUUAAUAAAGGAUUAAUCAAGUCAA